GACGCGGCCUGGCUGCGGGCCGAGGCGGUGUGGCCAUGGCGGCCUGCACGGUACCGGGGAUCCCCGAGCCCCUGAACGGGACCCGUGCCCGGCCUGGAAGCCGGUUCCCCACACACAGGAGCCCUCCGGCCCCGCUGGGAAACCCGGCUCCUGCCGUCCGUCUGCAGCUGCUCGUACCCAGGCACGAGGUCCGGCCUGCAGCCGGGCCGCGGCACCCACACGGGAUGUGAUUCCACUACUAAAGGGGAUGGACAGUCCUAUUACCACACUUCUUAUCAAGCACGGUUUAUGGGUGAAUGGAGUCCACCCGCAAAGCCAAGUGAAAAGAGCCUAUGACAAGGAACACGCUGUCUCCUGCAGAACAUGAUGCUCUGUAGACUGCCUACACAUGGAGUAACCUCUUCGCCAUCCUGGUGCUCCUCUCUUGGCCCAUCUGUGUGUUAUUACAGGGAGCAUUUAUUUCUCUGACUGAAUGAGGACACAAGAAGGUGUUGUGACAGCAAGAAUAAACACUGGGAGAUUAGCCCAAAGGCGUGCGUGACAUCUCUCUGCAUUGCAAGACCCACCAAAUGCCUCUAGCAACUUCCCAGGAAUGCCUGAACUGGGAGGGCCAAACGUUUCCUGAUCUCCAGUCUUUGAUUCCUCCAGCUGUGUGAAACCUGCCAGCACGGCUGGUGGUGCGUGACCCUCCUCCCUGCUGAUGGAGCCACCAGCACGUCCCAGUUGCACGUCGACAGUGUCUGUGCCUCAGAGAUAAGAUGAAGUCACGUCAUUUCUCCAUCAGUUUAAAACCACAUCACUUGUUUCCGCAGUCCCAUCCUCAGCACAGCACCAGCCUCAACGCACAUGAGGUCACCGCUAAAGCAUCACAGCAAAACAGGGUCUCAGUCCCACCCUGGUGAAGAUUAGGCCUGCAGGCUGAGGCCAGUUAGGGGCAGGAUAAAUUAGGGGGUCUCGGUGCAGACUUUGCUCUUUCCUGCCUUCCCUAGCACAGCUGCCUGUCCCAGGCAGGGCCCAGCCUCCUGGAGCUGCUGGCUAAGGGUGGCCAGCAGCAAUGCAGCUCCUGGUGCUGGAGCUGGAAGAUGGACCAGCAUGGGGAGCCCACAGCAGUGGGGAUCUGCUGCACGGACGGGUGCAGCUGCAGCUCCGCCACGCACUGCGGCUGCGGGCACUCGAGGUGCUCGCCCGUGGCCGAGCCUUAACACACUGGCUGGAGAGCCGCAGUGUGGGGCUCAACGUUGUCUACCGCGACUACACGGCCUGCCAGACCUUCCUGCACCGGCGCUGCCAGCUCAUCCCCGACAAUGGUGAAGCCACCGUCCUGCAGGCAGGAAGACACGAGUUUCCCUUCACCUUCCAGCUCCCCGAGACCCUGGCCACCUCCUUCGAGGGCAAGCACGGCAGCGUGCGCUACUGGGUGAAAGCCAAGCUGCACAGACCCUGGGCAACAGUGAAGAAGGUGAAGAAGGAGUUCACUGUGAUUGAACCCAUCGACAUCAACACUCCUGUGCUGCUGGCUCCCCAGGCAGGUGCUAAGGAGAAACUUGCUCGUGCCUGGUACUGCAAUCGUGGCCAGGUUUCUGUGACUGCCAAGAUUGACCGCAAAGGCUACACCCCAGGUGAGGUCAUCCCUAUCUUUGCUGAGAUUGACAACUGCACAAACCGAGUGGUGGUGCCCAAGGCGGCCAUCAUCCAGACUCAGACCUUCAUCGCCCGGGGCACCAAGAAGCAGAAGAAGUCAGUGGUGACCAGCAUCGUUGGUGACUCCAUCGCAGCAGGGAAGAGGGAUGUCUGGCAUGGGAGAGCACUGAAGAUCCCACCAGUGGGGCCGUCCAUCCUCCAGUGCCGCAUCAUCCAGGUGGAAUACUCCCUGAAGGUGUGUGUGGAUAUUCCUGGGACAUCCAAGCUGCUCCUUGAGCUGCCGCUUGUCAUCGGAACCAUCCCACUGCAUCCAUUUGGGAGCCGCACUUCCAGUGUCAGCAGCCAGUACAGCGUCAACCUGGACUGGCUGAGCACCAUCCCGGAGCAGCCGGAGGCUCCUCCUGAAUACUCAGCAGUGGUGUCCAGCCCCGAGGCCGAGCAGAGCCUGGCUCCCCCGUGCCGCAGUGAGCUCGGUGGCAUCCUGGAAGGUCCCUUCUUUGCCUACAUCCAGGAGUUCCGCUUCCGACCUCCUCCACUGUAUUCAGAGAUUGACCCAAACCCCCCUGCAGACAACAUCCGCCCGCGCUGCAUGACCUGUUGAGGGAAGCACAUGGGAUGCAGUUGCCAGUGCAGUGAUCCCUUGGGAUGAAAGCUUUCACCCUCACAACGCUUGGGUCUGGAGAUGGAGACACGGUGGCUGUGAGCCCAGAGCUCCUGCAGUGCCAGUGAGACCCCAGCUCCACUGCUGCCCUCAGCUCUCUGGUUGUGCCUGUCCUCCAGACCAGCACCAAGCAUGGUGGCCUGGGCUUGGGCAUGGUAGGAGAACAUGGGAGACUCCGGUGUGGAGCAGGGGCAUGUGUGAUUGGGCAGGACACGGAGGGAUAAUGACUGCCCCAGGAUCCAGGGCUAAAAUGGGAUGUUCCGCAUGAGCCAGGAUUGCUCUCCCCUUGCCUGCAGUGGCCGUGCUCUGUCAUGGAGCACAGGAGGGAUUCCUCAGGAUCACCAGAGGAUGCUUUGCUGGGGCUUGGGCUCAUCCUGUGCUGGUGCAGGUGAGGCCCUGCUCCUGCAGGAGCUCACCAGGACUGCAGUUCCCUAAGGAAGUAGAAGGCCUUUUUCUGGCCCAAUGAAGCAUCAUCUGCUGCUGCUGCUGCUCUUUGCCAUGAGCCUGGUGGUGCCUGCAGGGGAAAUGGUUCUGGAUAACCCCCUGCAAUUGUAAAGGCUUCCAUGGGCUGUUACCAGUGCAGAGGACUUGGGGAACACAUUUAUGACCUAUGGCAGCGUUUUGGUUCUGUUUGCCAAGAGCAGGAAAGCUGGUUCCUGUGUGUCAGCACCAAACCUGCACAGUGUGCUGGGGCCUGCUCCGUGAUGGGGCUGAACCAAGCAAGCCCCAAAUGGCAGUACCAGCAUGGGGGUGGCAUCUCCAUGGUGGCCAAAGGGAAGGAAACCAGGGCUGAGGCUGGUGCAGCCACCGAUGCUGAUGGAGAUGUGGAGUUGAAAUGAACCCUUCAGGACCAGAAGUUCUUCUCCGGACGGGCCUGAUCCUGCACCCAGAGAGGGGUCAGUGGCCCCAGUGCGGUGAGGCCACAGCAGCAACCAGUGCUCACUGGUGUGGGAACCAGGGAGCUGGGUGCUGUAACAGCAGCACCGGAGCAGAGUUUGGGUGCUGAGGACCUUUGCAUUCCCUCACUGAGCCAAUCCUGCCCACGGGGCCGUGUUCUGCACCCCAGGAUUGCUCAGCUCUUUUCUACCUGUGGACACUUUAGUAACAAGUGAUCCCAUCUCUGUUCUUUUUGUACCACUUUUUGUCUGAAACAAUAAAUCCUUCCCACCCCAAUGGGGCCCCGA